AUGGGCAGAGGCAAAAAGUUUGGCAAGAGAGGCGGAGGAAGCGGCGGCGGCGGCGGCAGCCGUGGAGUACGAGGAAGCUGGGAAGAGCUUGAGAAGUCGAAUGCCAAGUACGAGAGCUACUAUAACGACCAUGGAAUCAUUCCGGCCGAAGAUCAAGAGGCUUUCUGGCCGGCAUUGAGAAGAGAACUGCCCAAUAGUUUCCGUUUCACCGGCUCGAGAGGACAUGCGGUCGCUGUCAAACAGCGCCUGGUGGACUUCCAUAUCCCCCAGAUCACCUCCAUUACCUACGAAGGAAACGCUGUUGAGCCUCCGAAGCCCGUACCAUGGUAUCCCGAUGAGCUCGCGUGGUAUAUGACGACCCCGAAAAAGGUCAUCCGGCGUUUCCCCCCUUUUGCUUCUUUUCAAAAGUUCCUCGUGGCCGAAACAGAAGUUGGCAAUAUUACUCGGCAGGAGGUUGUCAGUAUGAUACCACCUCUGUUCCUCGAUAUCAGACCCGGCAUGACAGUAUUGGACAUGUGUGCUGCCCCUGGAAGCAAGUCAACCCAGCUGAUGGAGCUGCUUCACAUUGGAGAAGAGGAUGCCACGAGAAAAGUUAUGGAAGACAUCAAGCAGGGCACGUACGAUCCCUCUAAACUCCCCGCUGGCCUAGAGGAUUACGGACGAACAACUGGUCUCCUCGUUGCUAACGACAGCGACUUCAAGCGAGCACACAUGUUGGUUCAUCAAAUGAAGCGACUGAACUCGCCAAACCUUCUUGUUACCAACCACGAUGCGACCGGAUAUCCAUCCAUCAAGCUGCCUUCGCCACCUGGGAGAGAGCGCUUCAAUAACUACCUCAAGUUUGACCGAAUCCUUGCCGACGUUCCAUGUUCUGGUGAUGGUACAGUACGGAAGAACCCCACUAUAUGGAAAGACUGGACACCUGGAAAUGCCCUUGGGUUGCACGCGACGCAGCUGCGCAUCCUGGUCCGGGCUCUUCAGAUGUUAAAGACCGGUGGGCGUGUUGUCUAUUCUACCUGCAGUUUGAAUCCGAUCGAGAACGAAGCCGUGAUUGCUGCUGCAGUUGCGCGCUGUGGAGGGUCGAACUUUGUUGAAAUUAUCGACUGCAGCCAAGAACUGCCGGAUUUGAAACGAGCAGACGGACUGCGGUCGUGGAAAGUCUUGGACCGCGACUGUCGUGUAUGGAACAGCUGGCAAGAGGUCGAAGAGCACAGGAAAACUGCGGGUAUAUCCGGGCUAGGUCGGCUAUCCAGUACGAUGUUCCCACCUUCGAAAGAUCUACCUCUGGAGCGUUGUCUCCGAGUCUAUCCACACCAUCAAGAUACAGGCGGAUUCUUCAUCACCGUGCUGGAGAAGAAAACCGAAAUCAAAGCUAAGCCAGAGAAUGUCGACAAGGUUGUUCCAAAAGCCUCGGUUGCUGCUGUCGUCGAAGAGCUAGAGCAAAAAACGAAGGAUAAUAACGGUGGGCCGUUGGACAAAAUCGAGAGUCUCGAUGACAUCGUACCGCAUAGCACGGGGACUGAUGGAAAGGAUGCCACUGUAGCAGAGUCUUCUCAUCAGCCGUCAUAUACCGCAACCUUAGACGCCCCAGCAUCACCCAGCAAGCGAUCUAGCGGCCACCUUGAGGACCAAGUGCCUACGAAGCGCACUAAGCUGGAGAAUGGGACUGAAGUUAUUAUUGGCGACCGCCCUGUCCACCACCCACCUCCAUCCGCUGUCGAGGGUCAAGAAGACAAUACGGAUUUCCCCAAGGCAGAGGCCCCGGCACAAGCGAAGCCACCUGUGAAGCGAAAGCCCGGGCAGCCGUUUGAGGAGCCCUUCAAAUAUGUCACUGGCACCGAAGAUGAGAUUACAGAGAUUUUUAAGUUUUACAAUAUCUCCGAUCAAUUUCCACGGGAUCGAUUUAUGGUGCGGAACGCAGAGGGAUCUAUGACCAAAACGAUCUACUACACUAGCGUGCUGGCGCGAGAUAUCCUGACCGAAAAUGAAGGUCGUGGCAUGAAGUUUGUGCACGGUGGUGUAAAGAUGUUUGUGAAACAGGACGCGCAACGUCCCAACCAGUGCCAGUGGCGUAUUCAGACCGAUGGCCUGCCCAUCAUUGAGUCGUGGCUCGGCCCGGAACGUACGGUGACCUUGACUAAGAAACAAACACUACGAAAAUUGCUCGUCGAGCUCUUCCCAAAACUGGACCAGCAUACGUACCAGCAAUUAGGUGAGAUCGGCCACCAGACCAAGGAUAUACAAUUGGGAUGUUGCAUCAUGAGGGUGGAACCAAGUGAAUCUGAAGAUGGAUUACAGGAGCGAAUGGUUCUGCCUCUAUGGCGGUCUAUGUACUCUGUCAACCUGAUGCUUCCAAAAGAGGACCGACGCGCCAUGCUUCUCCGUCUCUUCAACGACGAAACCCCGGUGAUACAUCCGCCGAAGUUCAGAUCCGAAGAUACCCCAACCACAGAUCUAGCAUCGGACUCACAGACAGAGUCAAAGGACAAGUCGGAGGCUGAGGCCAAGGCCGAAAUUGCCGAUUCGGAAAUGACCUACGCUCAGAUUGAGAAGGAUAUUCCGCCUCCGAUCGCCAAGACUGAGGAAGAUCUGAUCAAGGCCGAGAAUAUCCUGCGUGGACAAGAGCAAGCAGAUCUCAUGUCGUCGCGAGAGACGUAUCAGCGCGACGGCGACGAAGAAGAUCGGUUCAAUACGACUGUAUAG